UUUUUAUUGAUGACAGAGGGAGGUCGGAAUUCUUAUUUCCAAUUUCCGAAGUUUUUCCUUCCGAAUCCGAAAAAAAACUUUUAGCCAGUUUUAGCCAGUUCCGAUUUCGGAUUCUUCUGAUUUCCCACACCUCUGACUGUUCCAACCCACCUCUGAUUGGUGUUAGUUCCAUUGGGUAAAGUUUAACUUCCACAUUGAAAAAUUCCGCUGAAUUCAGGCUUAAAUAUUUAUAAGUUGAUUGGAUAUUUUCAUUUCAUCUUAACUGUUUACAAUUAAAUUAAUUCAGCUUUCUGACGCAGCAAACAUUCGCGAUUUUUACUAUAUAUUGCUAAUUUCAAAUUUUUAAUUAAUUAGACUGUAAUUGUUAAUGGUUUUAAAUAAUUUUUGUCUUUGCUUUUGUGUAUUUUUGUAAGUCAAAUUUAUUUGAUUAAAUUUCUUUUUCAAAAUUUUUUUCUGUGUUCAAUACUGGGUUGGAUUCCAGAUAGGAUUAAGUCUGGCUUUAUUUUUUGUAUGUUUAUCGUCCUUGUAUGUAUUUAUUUUGUGCCCGCACUCCAAGUCAACAUGAUUUUUGGGUCGAGUCUGAAUAAAAUAAGACUGGAUUUUUGGAACAACACGACCCUCCAAAAAACAAAUAAUUUUAGAAAUUUAGUCAAAAAUUUCUGA